AGUUCGUGAGUGCGAUGGCGAGCGAGCGCGUGUGAGUUGGAUGGAUCACGAAAUGCCAAUCUCCCUCGCCAUCGCCACCACCAGCAUCAUCCUCUGCGUCUGCUGCAGGCGAAGCGAGGCGAGGCCGCGAGGCUCGACAGUCGGAGGAGGGUGGAAGUUGUUCGGAUCGGAUUCACUGGUUGGGUGCGGAUUUCUGCAGGCGGGGCUGGAGCUCGGCCACCAUCGGCAUGUUUUGCAGAUCAUGUAGCUCGUCGCGGCCUGCGAUGACCGGCUCAGGUCGACGCCUCGAGGGUCGAGAGGGUCGAGAGGCGCCGGUGACAGAGUGAGCUCGCUCGCUCGCGCAUAAGUGCGAGGGCAAUUGCCCUGUCGAGCUGGAAUCUCGCUCCGCUUUUGCCACGUCGCAGGUGGUCGCAGCGGCUUAUCUCCUUUUCACCCGCUCCUCGUAUCGUGAUGGCUUGGGUGCGGCCGUCCCGUCAAUGCAUCUCACGUUUGCAGCUCGAUGAUUAGAGUGACUUCUGCCCGAUUGCCCUGUGGAUGUUGAGGUGAGUCCGAGCUCUGUCGAGGAUGUGCCGGCAAUUCCGCGCAGGAUCCAUGGAAUCAGCGAGAUUGUAGAGUGGUAGCGCAGUCGAGAGCUGCGGUUUUUGGAAGCCUCGAGAUCAAGUCGGCCCUGUCAGUUUUCUGCCCCCCCACCCUGCGGGCGCAGGGAUUGUGGGUUUUGGAGGUAGCAGAGCGCGCAGGUAUGUUGCGUUUCGUGCCGAACGCAUAGGGCUCAGAAGACGGCAUCGAGUAAAAAUCAGCGUUUCCGAGCAAAGAUCGUUAUCCUGACAAGUGCGUAAUUAGACAGCGGGUCACUUGAUAUGGGGAAAUUCAAGGGGUAGGAGCGAAUUGGGCGCACGAGGCUCAACUUUAAUCAUAUCGCCGGAAGGGGCACUGCGGACAUCGAGGACUUUUUCCCAAAAUGCACCUCUAUAUCUACUAGCAACGCAUUUUGCAUAGGAAAGCUGUAACUGCAUGCAAGGAAACUAGAGCAGUAGGCACUCAUUGCGACGGUGCGACUCUAAUUCACGGGGGCAAUUUCCAGGUGCCAUUCACAUGAGCACCUCAAAGAGAACAUUGUUCAAAUUGAACACAUCACAGAUUGCUUCUGGUGCGCCGAGCCAUGCACACCUGCGUGGGAGCUCAAGGACUGUGUUUCUCCACUUGUUUAUCACUUUGCCACGGACUAGGUUUUGCGGAAAAGACAUCUCUAAAGGACACCCAAUCUAGCAUUCCCGUAGGACUCAUUCUGGCCAGCGUAUGCGGACUCAUUCUCGGAAGGUACUCUUUAGGUUUCUUCCAGCUUAUUCACUACCUACGGCCGUGGAGGACUAGAAAGAGUGGCACUACGGAUGGGAGCUCCGGCAUUGGAGUCGAAACCUCUACGGACUUGGAGGAAGAAGAGAUGUUUGAAGAGUUCCGCACACCGUCGUUGUUGACACACUCGAAUUUCUCUAAUUCUGAAAGAGUCAAAGAGAUUGAUGUAAUAGACAAGGUAGAACUUGCUGCUGCUCUGAUGAUGCAUCACGGAAUGCAACGCCCGUCGCCGAGAAGAGCAAAAUCGGGAUCAAGCAAUUCUGGGAGCGAGGGAAGUUUGAAAAGUAACGCAGGGUAUCCCGGUCGAGAGCAUUCUCCAAAAAGACCCAUCGAUUUUGAUGCACAAGUGGGAAUGACUGUGGCAUCCAAGCGACUAUCACCUGGGAAUUCCAGCUUGUUUUCUAUGUCGAGCUGCUCAUCCAUAGGAUCAGACCUCGGAGCCCCUUCCAUGACCUGUAGUUCUUGUGGAAGUCCUUGCGGCCCCUUCGGACCCAAUUCCCUCUCUGAAGCUGAUGUGGACUUCAUGGCAUCCGAUACGGACGAUUCUCGUGUUGAGCAAUCUAUUAUUAGGCCCGGUAUGCGUGCUAAAUCGCCUGUCAGUUUCGGAGAUGAGACUGAAUGUGCAGAAAACGGUCUCAGAGGAAUUGUUCCCUCGUUGCUUGACCACUCCCGUUACGCUCGUAGCCAUCGUGAUGGGAUAGGUUUGAGUUUUCUGGAUGGACAGAUGUCAGCAGCGGCAUGGAUGUGUGGCCGAGAUGCUGCCUCACUUAAACUUGAAUGUGGUCUCGGCUGGCUGGACUUGGUUCGACCAUGUCUAGACGACGUUUAUGGAGAACAGUGGGAACAAAAGGCCCAUCCAGAGGAUUUAGAGCGAUGUAAAGCGAUCUUUGCAGAAGCUAAAGCUAAGCGAGGUCCAUUCCAAGUCGACUAUCGUUUGCAGGUAUCUCCGGAAGAGUACAGAUGGGUUAUGGACCUUGCAAAGCCUCGGUUUUCCCUUGUCAAUCAUGAAUUCCUCGGCUAUGUGGGAUGGCGAAUUGAUAUUCAUGAGCAAAAGUCUAUCGAAGUUGACAUGGAGAAAUAUUGGUCUCUCCCUCAUGAAAUCCUUGUCAAAGCAGCUCCGGAUGGAAAAUAUUUCAAGAACGUCAGCCCAUCUUUCACCGACAGACUGGGAUACACUCAGGAAGAGUUUCUGAGCACGGAAUGGAUGGAAUUGCUGCAUCCAGACGAUAGAGUAUAUACCAUGGAUGAAUUUAAAAAAGUAGCCCUUGGACAACCUAUCGUCAAUCUUCAAAAUCGAUAUCGAUGCAAGGCUGGAGCCAAGGUAGACGGACCUACAUUUGUCGACUCAACCGGAACGUAUAAGUGGUUCAACUGGACCGCCAAUUACAUGUAUGGUGCUGGACGUGAUAUAUCAGGAGAGAAAGUGGCACAAGAAGAACUUCGAAGAUCUCAAGCUGAGUUGCGGAGAAUUACAGAUGCGAUUCCAGGCGGAGUCUUCCAAUACAGAAUCGAUGAGAAGGGAGUUGAGACAUUUCCCUUCGUAAGUAAGGGAGCAUUAAGCAUGUGCAGCUCACAAGAAGCUGUACUUGAUGAGGCUCCGGAGACCGCGCACUAUGAAUUCAGUAGCAAUCAGCCGCAUAAAGAAUCAGGUCUAGCCGUACACGCAGACGAUCUGCCAACUCUGAGAGAGGCAAUGCGACAGUCCAGCCUCGCUCAUACGAAUCUGGAUUGUGAUUACAGGAUUGUGAAAAAUAGCGAGGUCCGUUGGGUAAGAGUUCAUGCUGUUCCGCAAACCAGAGGCAACGAUGGAACCAAGGAGUGGUGUGGAAUUACUUGGGAUAUAACCGAGAGACAUUUGGCAGAAGAAGCACUACGAAAGGCACGAGAUGUUGCUGAAAAAUCAAGCGAAGCAAAGGGGAAAUUUUUGGCAAAUAUGUCACAUGAAAUAAGAACACCCAUGAAUGCUGUCAUUGGAAUGGGCGCUCUUCUUCUCGAAACUGAACUAAAUGACGAGCAGCGGGAGUACGUCUCUACAAUACGAAGUAGUGGGGAAGCUCUUCUUGCUGUCAUCAACGACAUUUUGGAUUUCAGCAAAAUAGAAGCUGGCAAGAUGGAUCUUGAGGUUGCGCCCUUUAGUUUAACAGAUUGUAUAGAAGAUUCAUUGGAUCUCAUCUCCUCGCAAGCAGCAUCGAAGGGUUUAGAGCUAACCUACACAGUCGCGGAGAAGGUUCCGUCGAUGCUUAAAGGAGACGUGUCACGUGUACGACAGAUUCUGGUAAAUCUACUAAGCAAUGCGAUGAAGUUCACGGAACAUGGGCAUGUAUCGAUAGCGGUCGAUGGUCGAAAACUCGACGAACUACCUUCGUUGAGAUGUCUGGAGGAAAUGCCAACCCGGCUAUGUGCUGGGACGACACCCUUGACUGAGGAAGGCUCGAAAUGGGAAAUUCAGAUCUCAGUCAAGGACACUGGGAUUGGUAUACCCGAUGAUAGGAAACACACGCUCUUCCAGGCGUUUAGGCAAGUGGAUGCUUCAACAACUCGCAAAUAUGGUGGAACCGGUUUGGGCCUUGCAAUUUGUGCACGUUUGUGCGCUCUUUGGGGAGGAAGAAUAUGGGUCGACAGUGUUUCCGGACAAGGAUCAACUUUCCAUUUUACGAUCAAUGGAGAGGAGAUCGUUCAGGUAGAUAAAAGUGAUGACGAGGAGGAUUAUGUGACGUUUCUUCGAAAGAAGCGAGUCUUGGUCAUAGCUGGGAGCAGCAGUAGCAGUCAGACUAUGUGCACUCGAUUUCUCAAGAGCUGGCAAGUUAGAGUCGUAUCUGCAGUUACUGCAGACGAAGCACUUCAGGUUGUGAGGCAAACAUUGGAUCACGCCAAGGACGGCCAUUCCUGCAGCUGCAAACACACUGAAACGUCCAGUUUAAAUGAUCCCUUUAUGGCAGUAGUCGUAGAUUGCGCGAUGAUUGACAAGGACAAUCGUCGAGUGCUGGAGUCAUUAAAGCUGUGCCAGUCUUCCAAUCCCAGAAUACCCGUAAUUCCUCUUACUCCUUUCGCGCGUCGAAUUCAGGAUUAUGUACAGGAGCUCGACUUUCGGUGUGCUGCCCACGUAUCGAAACCUGUGAAAGCUUCUCACCUGCUUAGCUCACUGAUGAAUGCUAUAAUGGAUGAUAAAGAUGAUAUGGCCAUUGAGAGGGUAGAUCCUGAGCCAAAUAAGGAGCUCUCGACUCCGGGAUUGAAGAAGUGGACCAAGCGGUUGAAUGCUGGCGCACCUGUGAGCAUGGACGUGGACACGGGUAAACGAUAUCCAUUGAGAAUACUUGUGGCGGAGGACAAUGCGAUUAAUCAGAAGGUGCUAUUAAGGUUACUACAAAGACAUGGGUACACGGCCGAUGUUGUAGGGAACGGGUUGGAAGCCGUGGAUGCAGCUUCGAGGCAAAGUUACGACGUCUGUCUUAUGGAUUGUUUCAUGCCAGAGAUGGACGGCCUCGAGGCGACUAAGCGCAUACGGCAGCGUAUUAACCCGUGUCCCGUUAUAGUGGCAGUAACUGCUGCUGCUUUAGAAGGGGAGAAAAGGGCUUGUCAACAAGCAGGCAUGCACAUGUACAUAGCAAAGCCGAUAAAAGCCGAGCAGUUGAUACGUACACUGUACAAGUGCUGGCAGGUGAAAACACGAGAAAUCAAUGUAGAGUCCUUGCAGCAAGAAAUAUUAUCUGCUCCAAGUGGACAAAGGAAGUAUUAGAGUCACCCCAUUCUUUCCCACAUUAAGCAGUUUUGUAGGUUUCAGCUUUGAGUUCGACACUGUGACGUACAUAGAGUUUUGAUCUCCUUCAAUCGUCAACUACACGAGUAGCGUGAGUGGCGAAGUUCCAGGAGCGAGUUGUAAAAAUUGAUGGUAAGCUGAUACCCAUUGCAUGUAGGCAGGAUGGUCAAUCGUUGCCAUCUUUGCUUUUAGAUAGCUAGUAGAAAAAUGUUCAACGUCAUUUGUAUAAAAGCCCCUUCUUCUUGAUUAUCUACCAGGCUUACUAUCCGA